UACACAAGAACGUUCCACAGAAGUGACUGCACGUCAUUCAUAACCGGCAGAAAUACUAAGCACGAAGAGACACCAAGAAAAGAAAGGAAUUAAAAGAGAGAGUGAAGUAAAUACAGCUGUGGUAAAAACUGAAACAUAAAAAACACAACAACAAAAAAACUCUUGUUGGAUUUGAACCUGUUUUAAAUUACCAGUACAAAACACUCUAUUUGACUUAUUUGAUUUCAUGAAGGAGUUUGUAGGUUGAGAAACCACUGAACGCAACCAAUUGAAACGGCAAGAAAAAAGGCAUUCAUGCCUCACUUGGACCCCCAUUGUUAAAAUGGGCCGGCGGUUGGUCAGAAAAGCAACCUUUAUGAAGGGGGGGGGGGGCGGCUGGCAAGGAAGGGAAGGGAGAGAGGAGCGUAAAGGCAUAUUCGAGCUCACCUGUGUCCAUUGGGACAGGUGACAAUGAGAUUUAAUUACUGUGUGUGACCCGUUGUGACAUGCGCCAAGAACUGUGGGAGAUGUUAGUUCGAAGUGGACGUGGGACUGACGAGAUGGGAGGGAUAAUAUAACGCUGUGGGACGUAUGUGUGUUGUUGGAAGACGUCGCGAACAGAAAGAGACCCGAGUGUGAUUUUAGUUUUCUGUUGUUAGGCCUGGGUAAAAACCGACACGUGUGUUGUUCAGUUAAAGGAAAGGACUGAAAGGUCACUCAACGCUCAGGCUAGAAAAGAAGUGUGUUCACUUACUAUUCAUCGCUUUUAACGUGUCAUAGUUACUUCCAAGACCGCCAUAGUUUCUGCACACGUGUAUAUCCUUUGUGUGUAAUCUCUUUGCCUCGACUGGAGUUAUGUUCUCGUCGAAGUUUGGUGUUGUUCGAACUUCCAGGGACGUGGGUUAUUUCAAUUUUCAGGCUGGGUGCACUCUGCAAUAUUGUAAUAAAGCCCUCGAGGUUGAUUCUGGGUGAAGAUUCAUCGAGUGUUUUUAUUUUCGUAUUGUGGGUGUUUCAAUUGGAUACUAACGCCUCCCUUGAAGACCAACACCCUCUUCCAAUGACGUUCUUGCGUUUUAAAUUUGAGUCAUUCAACUUUAUGUUAUACAUACGGAGAUCUGAAACGAUGUGUGAAGUUUAUAUCGCGACCAGACGUGUUUGCUGUUCUGUUGAAACGAUUCCGCGAACAUUGAAGAACAUGAUCAGUUUCGUCGAUUAGUUUGGAAAACUUUUUAUGACCCGCAGGCGUUGACAGAAUACACACUAUUGGAUACGGAUGUGUGGUAUUAGAAAGCUUUUUUUAUUAUUAUUAUUUCUUAUGUGGAACAAUAUACGAGGCCUGAACUUUUGCACACAUAUCUUUCCCUCUUUCUACGUACCUCUGGUGUAGUCAGCAAGAUAUUCGAACUGAUUGUGACUUCUGUUGGCUCGUAGUUUGGAGGUGUAAAGACUUCACUAUGUUCAGUGAGUACGAUCAGGAGUUUCCUGGCGGCUCCCAGGUGCCCACACCAGCAUGAUUGGGCUGUCUUGUUGCUAUCACGUGACCCUAUUGAUACUGCUGCUGGGACUGAGGCUUGCCUUUGCAAGUGGGGGCUCACCACUUUCAUCGUCUUCCACUUCUUCGUCGUCUUCAUCAUCAUUAUCAUCCUCAUCCACAACACCACCACCGCCCCCGUUGUCACCUUCAUAUUCACCUCCGUCCCCUUUUUGGUCGUCGUCAUCGCCAUUAUCGUCAACGUUAUCGUUUUUGCCCGAGUCAUUCAUGUCAUCAGCGCCACCUUCGUCGUCAUCGCUGCCCUCAUCCAACGUGCAGUCUCAAUCAGAAGGUUCAAGCAUACUCAGCAACAGCGAAUCGGACAGCGAGAAACAAGACGCUUCAUCGUUGUCAGCCAAUCAAAACACAGAUUCCAACGCUAUGGAAAUGCCUGGCGCGGUUUCAUCCAAUCAACACGAAGCAUUGACUACCACCCAGUCCACCGAUAUUUCAAUCACAAAACGGGCGAAAUUCAAACUUGGGGCUUCGGAAAAGGAGAAGAAGCUUUUAAACGCGGUGGAAAAAUUAUUUUUAAAACAUGUUGGACUCCAGCAAAGACCAAGGAUUAAUAAGAAAUUCAAAGUCCCGGAGUAUAUGUUGGAUUUGUACAGAACACAAGUUGAAAAUUCGAAAAGACCGAACACUUACCUGAAGCUCAAAGGAACUGGAUUGAUAGCUGCAAAUACAGUGAGGAGUUUUUUACACACAGAUUCUGUGCACAGUAGAUGUCAGCCUCCCUUAUGCUCUCGGGUUUUCUUUGACGUGUCAACGAUCGCAGACGCUGAGACAGUCACCGGGGCAGAGCUUCGGAUCUUUACCGAGGUUGACCUCGACCGUGAGAAUGGCGGUGGCCUCGCCUCAGGUCCUGGCGUCACGGCGUCGCAUUCCGGGCCGUCGGGUGGUUUGGCGCGAACACAGCCUGGGGUAUCUGCUGGCACGGCACCACAGCACAGGAUAGAGGUGCACGAAAUCGUGCGGCCUGCGUCAGGCAACGGUGAGGCAAUAUCCAGGCUGCUGGACACACGAGUGGUCAAACUGACCAACUCAUCGUGGCACAGUUUCGAUAUCCACCCUGCAGUAUUAAAGUGGAAACGUGGGAAAAGUGGCAACCACGGUCUUGAAGUGAGAGUGGUGUCCCAGCGGCCCGUGUUGUCCACAGAGAAGCACGUCCGUGUGCGCCGGUCAGCCCAGCUGGCAGAGUCUGACUGGGCGAUACAGCGACCUGUGCUGGUCGUUUACACAGACGAUGGUACAUCGCCGGACUCUUAUUCAAAACCCUCUUCGGGGUCUCCUACUUCUUAUUCAUCAUCAUCAUCGUCUUCAACAAAGACAAAGUUGCCUCGACGAAAGAGACGCAGCGCUGGCGAUGAGAAGUCUAAAAACAAGAAGAAGAAUAAAAAAGACAGAAAGAGAAACCGAAGGAAAAAUAGGAAAAGGAGAAAGAAGAAGAAGAGUAGGAAGAGGAAUGGUCCUAAGAACAUUUGCAAGCGCCAUGGGCUCUAUGUUGACUUUAAUGACGUUGGCUGGGACGACUGGAUCGUUGCGCCUGCAGGCUACAAUGCCUACUACUGUGGUGGGAACUGUAUGGCGCCUUUGCCACAUUUUGCAAAGGCUUCGAACCACGCAAUGCUUCAGGCCCGUGUGUACAAGGUAAACCCUAGCGCUGUGCCCAUGGUGUGCUGUGUUCCCAUCAAGAUGUCGCCGAUCCCCAUGCUGUACAUGGACGAGAAGGGACGCACAGUGUUGAAAAACUACCAAGAUAUGGCUGUUGAAGAGUGUGGGUGCAAGUGAGCGAUGUCGCGUUCUCUAUCUAUCUUAUCGACACUCUCCUCAUGGUAGACAACUGAAAUAUUGAGGAAGGAGGAUAAAGGUUGAUUGGUUUUAGUUUGACUGACCGUGAAGACAAAGACAAAGGUUGUUGAUCCUGGUAGUAAUGUUCCCAACCUCUCUGACGUGGAAAACCUCAGAAUGUUCGAUCCCACGCCUUGCUGUAUCUACCGUGUGUUCGACUUAUUUCGGGAACUUCUAGUGCCCAAACUCCAAGUUCACUUGACACAUACCUAAGCAUAGUACAAGGUAGUAUGUUAUUCCUAGGGCAAGGUACCAUGGCGCCACCAGUUCUAAAUACUAUGUUAUCACAACCAAGGUAGUGUGCCAUGGUGCCACUAAGUGAGGUGCUAUGUAACCACCACCCAGGCAGGACACUGAGCUACAUGUAAGGCUUGUAUCCAAGGAAAAGGCCUGUAAGGGCCAUACGACAGGGCAGGGAAAGUAACCCAUGGCCCCCAAGGCGUUUCAACACACUUGAGUGAAUGUGGAAAAGAGUGUCUUCGCGACCAAUGAAUAUUUGGAUCUACCUCGUACUUAAAUAAUUGAAACUGUUGAGAAUCCCAUGUUGUUGUGAUUUUUAUCUGUAUAUUAUGAACUUGAUAUAUGUGACAAAGUUGAAUUGAUAAUUUGCAGAUUUGCAGUCGUGUUUUCUGUCAAUAUGACUUCAGUAAGAGAAUUUGUAUUGUCCAACAAUCAAGUUACAUUUUCUUUGAACACAUCUGAAGUCCCUGUUAGGUAGUAAAGAUAUGGAUAUACACGUUUUUGUAAGUACUUAAAAAAUAUUAUCCUCUGGUAGGACUGUUUAUCGCCGAAUUUCCGAAGGACUGGGACAAAAAAUAAAGACAAUGCAAACGGGCAUAAAGGCUUGGGUAUAGUGGGUAAGAUUUAUCGAUUUCCCCUGCCCAUUUCUCGAUCGCUGUUUUAAAGCCUCCGUGCAUAGUACAUACAUGUAAAGGCACUGUAUACUUUGCCGUUUACCGUCAGUUUUAUGUGGCCAGUUAAGUUUUUAUUUGUUGUUUUAUUUUUUCAUUAACACCAUUUGUCACGGACAUUUUUGAUAAAAAAUGGCUAACAUCUUUUAGAUGUUCCUUGUUUUAUUUGUCAUUUCCUUUUUUGAGGGUUAAAAGAAUAGAGGGAGUGCAUAUUUGAGCCUAUUUAUGGGUUGAGAGAGGGGGGAGGGGCAGAUAAAGUGUUGUCUGGUGUGUGUACUUGGCGGUGUAUGUCUGUUUGUUUGUACAUGGCAUUGUUCUAACCAGUACCUCAUGAUUUUGCUCCAGUUUAUUAGGCAAAUAUUCACCGAUUUCUUUGCAGAAAACAUCCGUUUGAAUCACAUUGUGUCUACCAUAAAUAUAAAUAUUAUUAUACUUAACCUCCAUGCAUUAGCAAGGUCAUUCCUUCGGCUGACAAACAGGUGACUUAGUUUGUGUGAGUGUGUGUUUGUGUGUGUGUAUGUAUGUGUAUGUGUGUUUGUUUGUGCAUGUCUGUCCGUCUGUAUGCAUGUGUGUGUGUUUGUGUGUGUGUGUGUGUGUGUCUGUCUGUAUGCGUGGGUUUGAGUUCUGAUCAAGAAAAACUUGACCCAUUUUCAUAAUUCUCCCAGACACAGUUGUUCAGAUCACGAGAAAUUUUCUCGUGUUUUCUCUCUCUCUCUCUCUCUCUCUCUCUCUCUCUCUCUCUCUCUCUCUCUCUCUCUCUC